AUGAAUGAGGUUCAGGAACGAUUCUUUACAGAUUUUGUCUUUCUAUGGCGCUUUUAUGUCGAUGAUCCUCUGACAUGGAGAUAUGAUUCUCCUGUCUUCAAUGUGCUAUGCAUAGCUUUCCUGCGUCUUGCGGCCUGUGAUUUUGAGGUGUCUUUUGAUAGCAAUGUCGAGGUUCCAAUAUCUUUCGCAUCGAUUCCUGCUUGGAAUUACCCCAAGGCCGACAUAUAUUGGUUCCAUGGUUACCUGAUUGUUCUGCAAGAAGACGUUGACUCUGGGGCCAUGAUAGACAGAGCCGUCUUGAAAGCCAAAUCAUAUAUCAAUGAUUCCCAAUUUGUGCAUCAGGACACCCGCUUGAUUCUUAUACCACCACAUCAUGUUACGUUUGUGGAGCUUUCCAAUAAUACCGCCUUGAGCAGCGGCAGUUUGGUACUGCUCGCCAACUCUUCAGCAACCCAAUGUUCACCUGGCUUCCGAGCUUUAGCUCGGAUUCUAACUUCAGACUGUUGGAAGAAGCCUCCGAUCCUCGGAGAACGGUGGCAGUUUACCGUACCACCUGAGGUUUUCCGGAUGAUUCUCUGUGAAUUAGACCCGCGAGAUGCUGUAGCAUUUGCGCAAGCUUCCUUUGCAGCCGAGCAGUACUACUAUAGUUUGGUACCCCAGUUAAAGGACGUCAAAGUGCAAAAUUUCAAGUCGUCUAUAUCCUGCUGUGUAGGAGCCGGAUUAUCCGGCCUAAGCACAGCAAAAGACCUCUCAAAAGCCGGAAAAUCCUUUGUGAUAUUCGAAGCUCGAGACCGAGUUGGUGGUCGCGUCCUCAAUACUCAACUACCAGACAAGGGAAUUGUAGAAGUCGGCGCUCAAUUCCUGGGACCGACUCAGGACAGAGUACUCGACCUGGCACAGUCACUUGGCUUGUCGACCUUCAAAACGUUUGAUUCGGGCAAUACGACCCUUUUCCGAAACGGAACACGCAGCGUGUUCAAUGGAACCUUCACGACCGGAGAUGUGCCUAUUUCGCCCGACGGCCUGGCGCAGGCAGGACGCGCACUUCUGCUGCUAGAUACGAUGGCGACUGAGCUGGAUGUCAAUUUCCCAUGGAACCACUCUCAAUCUAUCGAGUGGGAUAGUGAGACUGUACAAAGCUGGCUGAACCGUGAAGCACCCCAUCCGGAUGCCCAGUUUCUGCUUACACAAGGUCUACAAUCGGUGUUCUCCACUGAGCCUCGAGAACAGUCGCUCUUGUACACUCUUGCGUAUAUCGCCGCCGCGGGUAAUGCAACUACGCGUGGAACCUUCGAACGCCUCGUCGAUGUCGCUGGCGGGGCACAGGAACAACGUAUUGUGGGAGGCACCCAGCUGCUAGCCAUCAGACUUGCUGAGAGAAUCGGAUUGAGCAAUAUCAUUUUCAAUGCACCUGUUCAAAACAUUGAGUUAAAAGGUGAGAACUACCUUGUCUCCUCGAAUAAUCGAUCGGUCAUAGCAAAACACGUGGUCAUUGCCAUGUCUCCUCCCCUGGCAUCCCGUAUCACUUAUCAGCCGUUGCUGCCAGCAGCGCGAGAUCAUCUCACCCAGCGAAUGCCAAUGGGAUCUAUUGGAAAAGCUUUCGCUACAUACGCUACUCCUUUCUGGCGGGAUGCCGGCCUCAACGGACAGGUGGUCAGCGACACUGGGGCCGUACGAAUAAGUUUCGACAGCUCCCCUGAGGAUGGCUCAUCAGGCAUCAUGAUGGGAUUUAUAGAGGCGGACGAAAUGAGAAGACUAGAUCGGUUGCCUGAGAAUGAGAUAACCAAAGAGAUCACCGAAGACCUAGUUCGCUACUUUGGGCCCAAAGCGGCUAAUGUUCAGAACUGGGUCAUCCAGCGGUGGGACCUUGAACAGUUCUCUAGGGGAGGGCCUGUUGCGUAUGCCCCUCCGGGUGUGCUCACGGCGUAUGGUACCUCCUUGAAGUCACCGCACGGUAAACUCCAUUUUGCAGGAACAGAGGCCUCAUCUUUCUGGGUUGGGUUCAUGGAUGGCGCAAUCCGAUCGGGGGAACGUGUUGCUACGGAGAUCUUGAUGGACUUGUAG